GGCGUGUGGACGGGUACCGGUAGUUAGAGAAGCGGGCACGGACACGUGCAGAUCUGUCUCACCAACCUGCCGUUCCGCCGUCACCCUGAAGCCUCACACGUCUCUCACACCCGUCCACAGUCACGUCUUUAACCACUCCCACGCCCCAAACACCCCAAUCCCCCACUGCACCCUGGAGCCCGCUACACACAUCGCGUGAUCCCGCCCACUGCUCUUUCCCUUCUCACGACACGACAUCUUGCGGGCCAAUUGCGCUUUGUGGUUACUGCCCGGAGCUAUCAACACGACGACGGCUUGGCCCUCUACGACUCCCCGACACGAGCUACGACAACGACACCAGCCUUCCCACCACGAUCCGACCGUGUACAGCGCGCCACCGACAACAUGGGCGCGUCCAUGUCCAAGAUGAUGAACAAGAUCUUCGGAUCGAAGGAGAUGCGGCUGCUGAUGCUGGGACUGGACGCGGCGGGCAAGACGACAAUCCUCUACAAGCUCAAGCUCGACCAGGACGUCACAACAAUCCCCACCGUCGGCUUCAACGUCGAGACAGUCACGUACAAGAACACCAAAUUCAACGUCUGGGACGUCGGCGGCCAGGACAAGAUCCGUCCCCUGUGGAGACACUACUUCUCUGGAACCCAGGGCCUCAUCUUCGUCAUCGACUCCAAUGACCGCACCCGUAUCGAAGAAGCACGGACGGAGCUCACACGCAUCAUCCAGGACAGGGAAAUGAAGGAUGCCCUGUUGCUGGUGUUUGCGAAUAAGCAGGAUCUCCAAGGAGCCAUGAAACCAAAGGAAGUCUCGGACCUGCUGCAAUUAGACAAGAUCGCCAAAGACCACGUCUGGAAAGUUGAGCCCAGCUGUGCGACAACAGGAGAGGGUAUCUUCGAAGGACUGGCAUGGCUCAGCAACAACGUCAAGCUACCACAAGGUGGCAAAUAAGUCCUCCCUUUCCCAACCGUCAGCGUCUCCGCCCCUGUACGACUACGUGCGCACACCUCUUCCACCUCGUUCCUGCAUAUACCCGAUUUCCCUAUCAUAACGCCCUUGUAUCAAUCUCGUAUGUCUUUCUAAUAAUCAGUCCCUACAUCAGAGCGGCUCGACUACUCUUCGAUUCUUUGCGUUUGUUUUACUUGUUUUGCUCCCUGUCUCUCUCCCGCCUUUUCUAUCGCGUCUAUGCGGUCGAGAUACCCCACCCCAUGCCCUCCGAUUGGCUUCUUUUUGCUUCGCUGUACAUGUAGAUGUUCUGUGGUUUGCUGGCUGGGGGGUUGUUGUCGCGAGCUGUGGGUAAUAGCGUGUUCGGAUAGAUGAUUAUAUGGAUCUGUAUGAAACUGUGUUUGAAUUGCUCUUUGGUCUUGUUUUGUGCGUUGUGCUGAUGAUGAAUUUCUCUGCUGAUGUGGACAGUGU